AUGUCAAGAUGUCAGGAAAUCAAACAGCAGGCUAACAAGACCAAACAGCAGGCUAACAAGACCAAACAAGAGGCUCACAAGACCAAACAGCAGGCCCACAAGACCAAACAGCAGGCCCACAAGACCAAACAGCAGCCCCACAAGACCAAACAAGAGGCCCACAAGACCAAACAGCAGGCUAACAAGACCAAACAAGAGGCCCACAAGACCAAACAAGAGGCCCGCAAGACCAAACAAGAGGCCCGCAAGACCAAACAGCAGGCUAACAAGACCAAACAAGAGGCCCACAAGACCAAACAAGAGGCCCACAAGACCAAACAAGAGGCCCGCAAGACCAAACAGCAGGCUAACAAGACCAAACAAGAGGCCCACAAGACCAAACAGCAGGCUAACAAGACCAAACAAGAGGCUCACAAGACCAAACAGCAGGCCCACAAGACCAAACAGCAGGCCCACAAGACCAAACAGCAGCCCCACAAGACCAAACAGCAGGCCCACAAGACCAAACAGCAGGCCCACAAGACCAAACAGCAGGCCCACAAGACCAAACAGCAGGCCCACAAGACCAAACAGCAGGCCCACAAGACCAAACAGCAGCCCCACAAGACCAAACAGCAGGCCCACAAGACCAAACAGCAGGCUAACAAGACCAAACAGCAGGCCCACAAGACCAAACAGCAGGCCCACAAGACCAAACAGCAGCCCCACAAGACCAAACAGCAGGCCCACAAGACCAAACAGCAGCCCCACAAGACCAAACAGCAGCCCCACAAGACCAAACAGCAGGCCCACAAGACCAAACAGCAGCCCCACAAGACCAAACAGCAGCCCACAAGACCAAACAAGAGGCCCACAAGACCAAACAGCAGCCCCACAAGACCAAACAGCAGGCCCACAAGACCAAACAGCAGCCCCACAAGACCAAACAGCAGCCCACAAGACCAAACAAGAGGCCCACAAGACCAAACAGCAGCCCCACAAGACCAAACAGCAGGCCCACAAGACCAAACAGCAGCCCCACAAGACCAAACAGCAGCCCCACAAGACCAAACAGCAGCCCCACAAGACCAAACAAGAGGCCCACAAGACCAAACAGCAGCCCCACAAGACCAAACAGCAGGCCCACAAGACCAAACAAGAGGCCCACAAGACCAAACAAGAGGCCCACAAGACCAAACAGCAGCCCCACAAGACCAAACAAGAGGCCCACAAGACCAAACAGCAUGCCCACAAGACCAAACAGCAGCCCCACAAGACCAAACAAGAGGCCCACAAGACCAAACAAGAGGCCCACAAGACCAAACAGCAGCCCACAAGACCAAACAAGAGGCCCACAAGACCAAACAAGAGGCCCACAAGACCAAACAAGAGGCCCACAAGACCAAACAGCAAGCCCACAAGACCAAACAAGAGGCCCACAAGACCAACAGCAGCCACAAGACCAAAACAGAGGCCCACAAGACCAAACAGCAGCCCACAAGACCAAACAAGAGGCCCACAAGACCAAACAAGAGGCCCACAAGACCAAACAAGAGGCCCACAAGACCAAACAGCAUGCCCACAAGACCAAACAAGAGGCCCACAAGACCAAACAGAAGGCCCACAAGACCAAACAGCAAGCCCACAAGACCAAACAGCAGCCCCACAAGACCAAACAGCAAGCCCACAAGACCAAACAGCAAGCCCACAAGACCAAACAGCAGCCCACAAGACCAAACAGCAAGCCCACAAGACCAAACAAGAGGCCCACAAGACCAAACAAGAGGCCCACAAGACCAAACAGCAAGCCCACAAGACCAAACAGCAAGCCCACAAGACCAAACAGCAAGCCCACAAGACCAAACAGCAAGCCCACAAGACCAAACAGCAGCCCACAAGACCAAACAGCAAGCCCACAAGACCAAACAAGAGGCCCACAAGACCAAACAAGAGGCCCACAAGACCAAACAGCAAGCCCACAAGACCAAACAAGAGGCCCACAAGACCAAACAAGAGGCCCACAAGACCAAACAAGAGGCCCACAAGACCAAACAGCAGGCCCACAAGACCAAACAAGAGGCCCACAAGACCAAACAGCAGGCUAACAAGACCAACAAGAGGCCCACAAGACCAAACAGAAGGCCCACAAGACCAAACAGCAGCCCACAAGACCAAACAGCAGCCCCACAAGACCAAACAGCAAGCCCACAAGACCAAACAAGAGGCCCACAAGACCAAACAGCAGCCCACAAGACCAAACAAGAGGACCACAAGACCAAACAGCAGCCCACAAGACCAAACAAGAGGCCCACAAGACCAAACAGCAGCCCACAAGACCAAACAAGAGGCCCACAAGACCAAACAGCAGCCCACAAGACCAAACAAGAGGCCCACAAGACCAAACAAGAGGCCCACAAGACCAAACAAGAGGCCCACAAGACCAAACAGAAGGCCCACAAGACCAAACAAGAGGCCCACAAGACCAAACAGCAGCCCACAAGACCAAACAAGAGGCCCACAAGACCAAACAAGAGGCCCACAAGACCAAACAAGAGGCCCACAAGACCAAACAAGAGGCCCACAAGACCAAACAGCAUGCCCACAAGACCAAACAAGAGGCCCACAAGACCAAACAAGAGGCCCACAAGACCAAACAGCAGGCUAACAAGACCAAACAGCAGCCCCACAAGACCAAACCCUGAAAAACACAGCAUAUUAACCUGA